UGAGUCAAGAGAAGCAUCAACAUUGAUAGAUUCUCAUCCGGCUCUGGUCUGAUGUAACAACGUCUGCAUCGUGAAACCAGGUCUGGAGCUCCUCGGUUUCACUGGAGUCCUCCUGAGCGACAUCACCGUCGUUCAGACGCUCUCCACGUUGAGCCCACUUCAGCCCCGAGCUCUCCAGAAGCGAGCGAGCUGUUUGUCUUGGCCGGUCCCACAGCGCUCGCUCCGGCUCCGAGGCAUCUCUUCCUUUAAAGGCCGGGGGGGGCGUGUGUUUACACAGCCAGCCAUCUUCCCAUGAUGCCAUCAUAUGUGAGAGGAUUGUCUUUGUGCUGGUGACCCACCGCCCGGUUCAUCUGAGGACACGCUCCUCACAGGAAUGUUCUGACGGCCCCCUGAGAUGCUGCGCCUUCAUUUCAUGACCCGGAGAGAAGGGAGGCAGAAACACCGUCCUGCUGCUCGGGGACAGCCUGGGAGAGCUUUCAUCAGGCCUCCGCUCUGUGACCCCAGGGGGUCGUUUGGGACCGUUCCCAUCGAGGCCUAUUCCUGGAACACGAGUCCUCCGCCUGUCCUGCAGGUCGCUCAGCCCCAGGCUCAGGGGGACGACUUCAAGCACCUCCGGUUGGACCCCGUCCAAGGGAUUCUAGACGGGUUUUGCAAUUCCUUCUUUUUCCAUAGCCGGACUCUCCACCAGGGGGCAGCGUGAGGCCGAGCACGACUCGCGGUCCUCGAGCGCUCUGCUCCGUCAGCAUCACGCCUCUGACGACCAUGAAAGGCUCCCCGGACCUGAUUCCUGACGCAGAGUUGGACCCCAGCCGAGUGUGCAAGGGCAAAGGAGCGGUGACCCUGAGGGCCACCCGGGUCCACAUCGACGACGAGGGCCGCAUCAGCACGGAGCCGAGUGGCUGGACAGGCCAGAUUAAUGGAGAGGGAGUGGCUGAGGGGGGCAGCAGCAGCACAGCUGAUUUACCUCCUGUAAACAACACCCGGUGCCAGUUACUUGUUCAGGCCAACUCUCCAGAGAGCCUCAAGGAGAAUCGGGCCCCAUGCACCCCCCCCUCCGGCACCGUUGACCCCGCCGCCGCCCCGCUGCAGCACAACAGAGACUCGACCCCAGAGAGAGACAGAAGCCCGGAUCCCGGGAGAGACGGUGUCAGCCCGGUGCCCGACAUGCGUCUGUCUCUGCCCUCGCCCGCCCUCGGGCCUCUGGACAGGCCCGCCGUCCCCGUACGGAACACUGAAAAGUCCAAAGACUGGUACAAGACGAUGUUCAAACAGAUCCACAAGAUCCCCGAGCCCAUUGAAGAAAACCCUUACCGCCCCACCUACAUUUUCCCCGACAACUAUGACAUUCAGACCAAGUCCAAAGAUGAUGGUCCCACUCCUUACCGUUACUUGGAAGAUGCGAAAGCGGUGCCGCGCUCAAAAAGCGACAUGGAGGUGGAUUCAAGAGGCCGGUCGAUGCCGGUGCCGACGCGCUCCUCCUCCCUCAGACCCGCCGCCAAAAGGAACGAGUGGGAGCCCCCGGAUAAGAAGGUGGACACCAGGAAGUAUCGCGCCGAGCCCAGGAGCAUCUUUGAGUACGAGCCGGGGAAGUCGUCGGUGCUGAAGCUGGAGAGAACGACUCAGGAUGUAAAUCCAGAAGAUGUAGAUUUAGAGAAUGAGCCUUGGUAUAAAUUCUUUUCAGAGAUGGAGUUUGACGACGCGAGCGCCCCCGCGUUCAGCCCCCUGGAAGCUGCCUCCGACCUGCAGCAGUACUCCUGCAGCAAGUCUGGCCACAGCGAGGUGGAGCAGGACGGGGGAUCGUCCACGGCCGAGCCCGGAGCGCCGGAAUGCGACCGCCAUGUUUACAAGAGCGUCCUGGAGGGCGGCGACAUCCCCUUGCAAGGUCUACGGGCCCUGAACAAGCGCCAAGCCACCUCCUCCUCGGCGAAAGUGGAUUAUAAAGGUGGGAAUGGCUGUAUAGUUUCACCCUGCUCCUCUGUAAACGGUCCAUCGACUCUUGCCGGUAGUGCGAUAGGCCUCCAGUGUCAGAGUAUGAAGCCUCCCUCUGCUGCCAAAGCCCGCAUCCCCCAAAUCCUGCCCUCUAAAUUCAAGCCCAAGCCGCUGCCGCCCAGCGGCGACGGCGAGGAGCGCGGCCGGACUCGAGCCGCCGGGCCCCCGAAGGCUCACAGCUGCGAGGAUCUGUACGCGGGCCCGCCGCGCGGGGAGGGCGGGCGCCGCUCGGCCUCGGAGUCCGGCUCCGAGUGCGGGGACGGCCUCAGGAACGUCUCCCCCGCCAUCAGGAGGAGCGCGGCCGACUUCUCCGGCCUGUACAGGACCAUGCAUCGCAUCCAGCGGCCCGGCCCGGCCGGGCGCGGCGUCCGCGGCAUGGCGUCUCGCUUUGAGAAGACGAAGGCCGGCGAGGGCGAGAGGUCAGAGGCGGACGACGGGGCCGGCGUUCCGCGGGCGGCGGUGUCGUCGCGGGUCAACGAGUUUGAGGUGAUCAUCCGGCGGUCCGCCUCGGCGCCCUGCCGCUCCUCCUCCCUGCCCACCCUGUACUCCGGCUCCGCCCACAGCCCCGCCCACAGCCCCGCCCACCUCUACAGGGCCUCUGCCGUGUCGGCCGAGUCACUUUUGGUAGCUGGCAGCACCCGGAGAGAAGCCUGCUCCCCGGUGGACGGCAGGAGCUGUGGGGAGGAGGAGGAGUCACCAGAGGUCAGACACAAGGUCAGGACUGACUCCCCCCCCAACACUGAGGCCGAGAUCGAGCGGAUCUUCAGUCACGGUUCCCCAGAACUGAACCACCAGCACGUGGGUGGAUCCCAAAGUCCUCCUGCCCUGCUUACAGGAUCGCCUCUGCACCACCACCCCCAACACCACCACCUGGACCAUCAACUCCUCCUCCAACCCAGCAAGUGCAAAGGCUCGUGCCCCGCCUCUUACACCCGCUUCACCACCAUCCGGCGGCACGAGCGGCAGCAGGCCUCCACCCGACAGGAGAGGCUGCCGCCGCCGGAGAGGAAGGCCACGCUGCCCGGGAACCUCUUCCUCAUGGGCCCGGCUCCCUUCAGGCUACGGAAGAACCUGCAGAGCCAGCCGAGUCGGAGGAGCGCGCUGGCCACGAAGGUGACGCCCGGCGCCGUGUCUCCUGAGCCCAGGCCUCUGAUCCCGCGCCGCCUGUCCUCCCUGGAGGUCCUGGAGAGGCUGAGUAACGCAGACGAAGGCCACAUUGACCCCCUGAGUAACGGGCGGGGCUCGGACGCCAACGGGAACCUCCUGCAGCCGCCGCACCGCAGAGACUCGUCCCCAGUGCUCGGCGAGAGCCCGGAUGAAGUGCUGCGGCGGCGCCACGGGAACAAAGAGAAAAUCUUGGAGGAGCAGCGGCGGCUGAAGCGGGAACAGGAAGAGGCCGACACGGCGUCCAGGCGGCACACGGGCAUCGUGCCCACGCACCACCAGUUCAUCACCAACGAGCGCUUCGGAGACCUGCUCAACAUCACCGACAACGCGGAGAAGAGGAAGUCGGGCGUGGAGAGAACUCCGGCCAUGGCUCGCUUCGACUUCAGGGCAGAAACUCUAAAGGAGUUGCCGUUCCAGAAGGGAGACAUCGUCUACAUUAUUCGGCAGGUGGAUCAGAACUGGUAUGAAGGGGAGCACCAUGGGCGAGUUGGCAUCUUCCCUCAAAGUUACGUCGAGCUCCUCCCCCCCACAGAGAAAGCCCAGCCAAAGAAAAGUGCCCCGGUGCAGGUGCUGGAGUACGGAGAGGCCAUCGCCCGCUUCAACUUCAACGGGGACACGGUGGUGGAGAUGUCCUUCAGGAAGGGGGAGAGGAUCACGCUCAUCCGCAGAGUGGAUGAGAACUGGUACGAAGGCAAAAUCCCCGGCACCAACCGGCAAGGCAUCUUCCCCGUCACGUACGUGGAAGUGAACCGACGACCGCGCGUGAAGAACGGGAUGGAGUACCUGGACCCGCCAGUCAGCCAGUCGCCUCAGCGCAGCACCAGCGCCUCCCCCCAGCUGUAUCGUAACCGUCUGACCACCUCCCCGCUGCCCCUCCCCCGCUCCCCCCGCCGCUCCGUGUCCCCCGAGGUCCACGCCAUCUCCUCCGAGUGGAUCUCCCUGACCGUGGGGGGGGGGAGCCCCCCCGCCGCCCCCACCCCGCCCCUGCCGCCGCUGCCCUCCGUGUCGUACCGCUGCGGCGAGUACCUGCCCCCGCCCUACUCCAUCAGCCCGUACUGCGUCUCCCCCAUGGCGUCCCCGUCCGCCUCGCCCCUCCCCCCGCCCUACCCGCCCAGACCCAGCUCCGCCACGCCCUUCCUCACAUUCACCCCGCCUCAGGGGGGGGACUUCCUGCUCUCCCUCCACUCUCCGCCCGUGAGCCCCUGUGGGGGGCCGGUGCUGGAGGGCUGGGUGAGGGGGGAGAAGGAGCCGACAGAGGGAGACGGGCGCCACGCGGCCCCGAGGCCCCCGAGCCCCGCAGAGUUUGUGAGAAACGAGGCCGACCACCAGGAGCGCAGCUCGAGGAGCCCCGUGAUGCUGUUCCACAUCCAGGACAACAACAACGCCAACUCCUAUGCGCAACCCCUGUCCCACAGCAGCAGCCCGGAGCCCGGCCGCCUCAGCUGUGGAAUUUUUCAGGCCCUGUACAGCUACGUGCCGCAGAACGAAGACGAGCUGGAGCUGCACGAGGGGGAUCUCGUCAGCGUCAUGGAGAAGUGCGACGACGGCUGGUUUGUCGGGACCUCGAAGAGGACGAAACAGUUUGGGACGUUCCCUGGGAAUUACGUGAAGGACUUGAACCUGUAACGGCGUCUGAUCCGUAACACGUGGUCGCCUGGCGAGCUUGGGAAGUCACUUCUAUCGCGCGUGGCUGUCGGUUCGCGUAGUCAUUUAGCCAAUCCUUCUUGUCUGGGAACGUGUUCGGCCCGAGGUGUGUCUCCCUGCACGGGGAGGCGGCCCGAGCCUCAGCGAGGUGAACACCUUGACUCUCUCUUCUUGACUCUCGUCUGUCUCCACUUGUGGAAUUCCUCCGUUAAAACAAACCCUACCGCAAAGUAGCUUUUAUUGUACAGGUGAUAGCUUCCAUCUUGUCCAUGUAGUCCCAGUAGUCAGUGUUCACCUCAGUCUGGAGCCGGCAGCAGAGUGUGGAUCUUAUUACCUGAACCGGACCUUGGAGGAGUCACAAUGUGGUUCUUCUGAGGCCGUGUGGUUGGAGCUGUUAGGCGGGAGCUUCAGGACCGGAGGUGUUCAUCAUGAUUCACUGAGUAUGAAGAAGCAGAAAACCUUCAGUGUUAACAUGUAAUUGAAUGUGGUGGUUCGUUUAGAUCAUGUAUGAAGCCCCUUAGGCCUGUUCUACUUCACAUUUUAUGAAUCUUCACAUUUUCCAUAUUUUAAGAAUGUCACAACAUUUGCAUCUCGGUGUAAAGCAGAAAACUUUACUACCGGUUCAGUAUUGCCUUCCUUUUGUAUCCCACCGUUGUUGUUGUUACAACAGUUAUUACAAGUCAUUACAACAGGUAUUACAACAGGUAUUAUAACAGGUAUUACAACAGGUAUUAUAACAGGUAUUACCAAGUCACAAACACAAAUACAGGACACCAUAGACUGCGUUGAAUGUCUGAUAAAAGUGUAUCUGCACAUCCUAUAUUUUCAAACUCUUAUUUAUUAGUCCUUUCAUACCUCUUCAGUCAAAAUGGAAGGAAAGCGUGUCAGCUUACUGAAAGGUAGCCUGAAGGUAGCUUUAAGGUAGCCUGAAAGUAGCCUGAAAGUAGCCUGAAGGUAGCCUGAAAGUAGCCUGAAAGUAGCCUGAAAGUAGCCUGAAGGUAGCCUGAAGGUAGCCUGAAAGUAGCCUGAAAGUAGCCUGAAAGUACUACUUUCAGUAGCCUGAUAGUAGCCUGAAGGUAGCCUGAAGGUAGCCUGAAAGUAGCCUGAAAGUAGCCUGAAAGUACUCUGAAAGUACUACUUUCAGUAGCCUGAUAGUAGCCUGAAGGUAGCCUGAAGGUAGCCUGAAAGUAGCUGGAAGGUAGCUGGAAGGUAGCUGGAAGGUAGCCUCAAUUUAGCUGAAAGUAGCCUGAAGGUAGCCUGAAGGUAGCUGGAAUGUAACCUGAAGGUAGCUGGAAGGUAGCCUGAAAGUAGCUUGAAGGUAGCUGGAAGGUAUCUGAAGGUAGCUGAAGGUAGCUGAAGGUAGCUGGAAGGUAUCUGAAGGUAGCCUGAAGGUAGCUGAAGGUAGCCUCAAAGUAGCCUGAAGGUAGCUGGAAGGUAUCUGAAGGUAGCCUGAAGGUAGCUGAAGGUAGCUGAAGGUAGCCUCAAAGUAGCCUGAAGGUAGCUGGAAGGUAUCUGAAGGUAGCCUGAAGGUAGCUGGAAUGUAACCUGAAGGUAGCUGGAAGAUAGCCUGAAGGUAGCUGAAGGUAGCCUGAAGGUAGCUGAAGGUAGCCUGAAGGUAGCUGAAGGUAGCUGAAGGUAGCUGGAAGGUAGCCUGAAGGUAGCUGAAGGUAGCCUGAAGGUAGCUGAAGGUAGCUGGAAGGUAGCUGAAGGUAGCCUCAAAGUAGCCUGAAGGUAGCCUGAAGGUAGCUGAAGGUAGCUGAAGGUAGCUGGAAGGUAGCUGAAGGUAGCUAAGGUAGCCUCAAAGUAGCCUGAAGGUAGCCUGAAGGUAGCUGAAGGUAGCUAAGGUAGCCUCAAAGUAGCCUGAAGGUAGCUGGCGGCGAGCACUUCACCUCCGGUUUAGUCUCUAAGGUAGAUUCCACCUCACAAGACAACGAUAGAAAAUAAUCACAACAACAACAAAAGGAUACUUAAUGAAGCCAACAAGGUGUCUUAGAAAACAAUAAUUGUUAAGAGAGAUUUUAGCCACGCCCCCUAUACUAACAAUAUUGUAUUUUGUUUUGCGCCGUGUAAAUGUGUACAGAAAACUUUUAAGAGGCCUUCCAAAACAUG